AUGAAGACCGGUUACAAAGACAAGACUGAAAUUGACAACGACGGCAAACCGAUACUGCGUCGUAGCACGGCGAUUCAUUUCGCGGCUAAAAACGGUUACAACCUCGUCGCCCCUCUCCUCUUCAAAAUAUACGACAGUUUCAACGCGAACUACGUCGACGAGGACGAUUCCGCCGGCGGCCUGACGCAUUUUCACGCGGCCUGCGCGUUCGGCUACGAGAAGAUCGUCGAGAAAUUUCUCGAGGCAGGCCAGGAUCCGAACUGUCCGCUUUCCGACGAUCCGCCCUUACACUUGGCUCUCAAGCACGAACACAAGAAGGUGGUCGAGGUGCUGCUGAGACGCGGCGCCAAUCCCAAUUCCACGAGCAGCGCGGGGCAGAAAUCGCUGCAAAUAGCCGUGGCGAAUCUCGCCCCGGAUUCGGUCAAGCUGCUGUUGGAUCACGGCGCCGAUCUGGCCGACUUCGCUUUCCCCGCGGAGAGUCAAUUCAACGAGCGGCUCGCGACUGUCACGAGCAAAGGGCACAGUACGAAGCUGGAAAUAGCUUCUCUGAUUAUGAUGAUCGUGGAGCACCUUGAGAGACGAGGAUACGCAUACGCACCGAACCGAAGUGACGCGCUGACGAUCGUUAAACUUUUAUCCAAGUACGAAUGGUUCAACAAGUUCAGUAUUGAAUAUUGGCUCAGCAACGCAGACUUCGUGAUCAAGGCGAAGGAGUUGAAGAUGAAGCCGAGCCUGUCGCUCUACGACUUCGUUCGUCUGCCAGCGGAACAGGCGACGAAAUUAGUCACUUAUAAGGAGUACUUCAAGUUCGUGCAGAAGUCCAGUUAUUGUUCACUAACAGAACCUCUCGGCCAGACGUGCUCGGCAUACAUCUUCGAAAUUAUGUUGAAUGGAUUUUGCCGCCGAUGGGCCAAGGCAUUUGCCGUGCCAUUAGAGGAUUCAUCUUGUGAAGACAUUAUAAAGAACAUAUGCUCGGCAGCAAAAACCAUUGCAUAAAUUACACAACAAGGCCCAAACGCAUGAUGCCGUUGGCAAAGGCAAAGCAAGGUAAUACACGAAGAAUUAUUAACAAUG